AGUCCUCUUUCGACCGUAGCGUCAACCAAAUUUCUCCCCAAAAAAUUAAGUUAUCCCGGACGGUCUCCUCCAGAAAAGUUUCCCCCACCACCGCCGUCGAUACGGAACAACCACCUGUUGCCCGCCACUGCGCAGAAAAACCAAUACCCAAAACCCAAAAUUCCGCCCUCCUUCUUACCACAACCAUAGGGAUACCACUACUACCACACAUCCAAUCGGUCCACUCCCCCCACAGAUAAAGUCGCCCAUGGAGUGCGCAUCCUUCGACCAGCGAUUCCUGAGCGCAGUGUCUCAAUCCACCGUGCUGACUGCGGCACUACCUGUCGAAGCGCAGGCGAUUGUCUCGCAGCUAUGCGACUUAACGAGCAGCAACGUGUACUUGGAGACGCUGUCACGACUCUCGCUGCAUCCCGUGUUCUGUUCCACCAUACUGGCCUGCUACGAGCCACUAUUUCCCGAGCUCGUGGCCCGAUGGCCGACGUUCGCGCACACGCCGCAGAUCGCCGCCGGCUUCGCAAGGGUCCUGCCUGUCGUGCCGUACUUGGUCGAAGUCGCCGAAUGCCUCCUUCUGGAGAGGGACGGCAAGAGGUUUCUGCUAGAGGCUCUGGGGUUGGACGCUGAAUGCAGUCAAGAUGAGGUUUGCGCGGUAUCACAUAUGGUGGCUUUGGAGGCCCUGCUCGCGCUGAAUAGGUUGUUGUGCUUUAAACGGGAUACCUUUUUGCCUCUGGUCGAUACUACGACUCUCUACCAUCUGCUGCACCAUGGCCACCGAGCUGUGCGUUACGUUGCCAUUCGAAUACUAUGCAUCUACCUGAAGGUGGCAGAUGCUGCACAAGAGGAGAUGAUGGAGAAGUAUGGUGUUGGGAGACUCUCGGAGGCCGUCCUCGGACCAUGGGAGGACCGGGACGUUGAUUACGGAUUCUUAAUGUCGCUGGAAGGUGGACGGUUCAAGGAUAUGUCCGAUGCUUUGGAGAAGGCGAGAGCUGGUCCAAUAGUACCAAAUACAAACAUCUCUAGAAUAAUAGACUUGUCGGAAUUAUCCCCCAUGACUGUCGACCUGUGCGGAAUUUUGACACCGCGUCUAAGAGGUGUCCCCAAAAGUCCUGCAGAUAUCGUAGACACCCCUACAACUCGGGCAAACGUGCACUCCCUCGCCCUGGCCCUCCGUUCGUCGCAACCUAUCCUCGUCACCGGCCACGCCGGCUCGGGGAAGACCUUCCUGAUCCACCAGAUCGCGCAAACUCUCAACGCGCUGGACUCGAUGGUGUCGAUCCACCUGAGCGGGCAGACGGACGCAAAGCUGCUCAUAGGCGCCUACACCACGGCCGACACCCCCGGCAGCUUCGAGUGGCGGCCGGGAGUGCUCGCCACCGCGGUGCGAGAAGGCCGCUGGGUUCUGGUUGAAGACAUCGACAAGGCGCCGACCGACGUGCUGAGCGUCCUGCUGCCGCUGAUCGAGCGCGGCGAGCUCGACAUCCCCUCCCGCGGCGAGCGCAUCAAGGCUGCGCGCGGCUUCCGCCUGAUCACCACGACGCGCACCUCCCCGUCCGCGCACAGCGCCGACACGGUCACCGUAAACCUCCUCGGCAGCCGCCUGUGGCUGCGCGUCAACGUGGCCACCCCCGCCCCAGAGGAGCUGCAAACGAUCGUGACCUCGCGCUUCCCGUUGCUGGCGGCGAUCUCGCCGACGAUCCUGAGCACCUACACGGCUAUCCAAACGCUCUACCGCGAGCCCACCUUCUUCGCCAUCAGCCGCACCAGUUUGGGGCGACAAAUCUCCCCCAGAGAUCUCUUCAAGUGGUGCAGCCGGAUCAGCGCGCUGUGUGCAACCGCGGGCGUGAAGGCCGGCGCCACAGUCCUCCCCGACGGCCUGUUCGACGAGGUAUUCGCCGAGGCGGUCGACUGCUUCGCGGGCAGCCUGCACACGCUCGAGGCGCGGCGCCUCGUUGCCAGCCGCCUCGCCGAGGAGCUGAUGGUGCCCGCGCAGCGCGUCGAGCACCUGCUGCUGGGGCAUAUCCCGAGCUUCAAGAACGCCGAGCGCUCGCUGGUCGUGGGCCGCGCGAAGCUGGCGAAAAAGAAGGAGCCCGCAAGUCAGAAGCGGAGGAAGACGGCGCUUAGCAAUGAGAAGCGCCCGUUUGCUACCACGAAUCAUGCGCUUAGGCUGCUGGAGCAGGUGGGUGUGGCAGUCAGGCUGGCGGAACCCGUGCUGCUCGUCGGUGAGACCGGAACGGGAAAGACGACGGUAGUGCAGCAGCUCGCGGACAUGCUUGGGUUUGGCCUGACGGCGAUUAAUCUAUCGCAGCAGACGGAGGCGGGCGACCUGCUCGGUGGGUAUAAGCCCGUUGAUGUAAGGACUCUGGCUGUGCCGCUGAAGGAGUGCUUCGAUGAGCUGUUCGAAAAAACGUUCUCGCUCAAGAAGAAUAAGCGCUUCCUUGACGUGCUGAAUAAGUGCUGGGCCAAGCAGCAGUGGAAGCGCGUCAUAAUCCUGUGGGGCGAGGCGGUCAAGAUGGCGGAGAAUUUUUUUGCGACCCCGGCACCGACAACGGUCGAGAGUGCGGCGGAGCCUGAGAUGCAGAAAAAGAAGAGGAAGCUCGACGGAAUGGAUAAACCAGCGCUGCAGGCUUCGUGGACAGUGUUUGCGAGAGAUCUGGCGAACCUCGAGAGGCAGAGCUCGCAGUUGUCAAAGAGCUUUGCGUUCUCAUUCGUGGAGGGGAGUCUAGUCAAGGCGGCCAGGAACGGCGACUGGGUUCUCCUCGACGAGAUCAACCUGGCCGCGUCGGAUACGCUCGAGAGCAUUGCCGACCUCCUUAAGGACGGCGGCGGCGGCUCCAUCCUCCUGAGCGAGAAGGGAGACGUCGAGCGGAUCCGGGCUCACCCCAAUUUCCGGAUCUUCGCGUGUAUGAACCCGGCCACCGACGUCGGAAAGCGCGAUCUCCCCUCGGGACUAAGAAGCAGGUUCACGGAGCUGUAUGUAGCGUCGCCGGACACGGACCUGGGCAACCUCCUGGCGAUCGUGAAGGAGUAUAUCGGGCACCUAGCCAUCGGCGACGAGAAGGUGGUGUCCGACGUUGCGCUGCUGUACCUCGAGGCGAAGAAGCUCGCCGAGGGCCACCAGCUGGUCGACGGCGCGAACCAGAAGCCGCAUUUCAGCAUGCGCACGCUCACGAGGACGCUGAGCUACGUCACCGAAAUCGCAAGUGUCUAUGGCCUGCGCAGGAGUCUGUACGAGGGCUUCUGCAUGAGCUUCCUGACGCUCCUCGACCGCACAUCCGAGAUGCUUCUGUUGCCAGUCAUCGACAGGUUCAUCCUAGGCAGCCAGAGGAAUGUUAGGAGUCUGAUCAACCAGAUCCCCCGACAGCCCAGUGAUGGCCAACAGUAUGUGCAGUUCAAGCACUACUGGAUGCACAAGGGCCCGUACGAGCCCGAGGAACAGCCGCACUACAUCAUCACGCCCUUCGUGGAGCGGAACAUGCUCAACCUCGUGCGCGCUACGGCGACAAGGAAGUUUCCCGUGCUCAUCCAGGGUCCUACCAGUAGUGGAAAGACGAGUAUGAUCGAGUACCUGGCGAAGCGCACAGGCCACAAGUUUGUGCGCAUCAACAACCACGAGCAUACCGAUCUGCAAGAGUACCUGGGAAGCUAUGUGUCCGACAAUGACGGGAAGCUGUUCUUCCUUGAGGGGAUCCUCGUGGACGCGCUGCGGAAGGGCCACUGGAUCGUUCUCGACGAGCUGAACCUUGCGCCAACCGACGUGCUCGAAGCUUUGAACCGGCUGCUGGACGACAACCGCGAGCUGCUGAUCCCCGAAACGCAAGAGAUCGUGCGGCCGCACAAGGACUUCAUGCUGUUCGCGACGCAGAACCCGCCGGGACUCUACGGCGGCCGCAAGAACCUCUCUCGCGCCUUCCGAAACCGCUUCCUCGAACUCCAUUUCGACGAUAUACCAGAGUCCGAGCUGGGAACUAUCCUAAAGGAACGCUGCCAGAUCGCCCCUAGCUACGGUGACAAAAUCGUAAAAGUUUAUAAGGAGCUGUCGCUCAUAAGACAGUCGUCGAGGAUCUUCGAGCAGAAGAACUCUUUUGCUACCCUGAGAGACCUGUUCCGGUGGGCGAAGAGGGAUGCGAAUGGGUAUCAGCAGCUGGCGGAGGACGGGUAUAUGCUCCUGGCUGAGCGCGUGCGGAAGGAUGAGGAGAAAUUGGUGGUCCAACAGGUCCUGGAGAAGGAGAUGAGGGUUAAGAUCGACGUUGAGGCUCUCUACACCGCCGAACGGACACCGGAGUAUGCUCUGUACACCGAGAAGGUGACCGACCAGGAGAUCGUUUGGACGAAGGCUAUGAGGAGACUAUUCUCUCUCAUCGCCCAUGCCCUACGAAACAACGAGCCGGUUCUGUUGGUCGGAGAGACGGGAUGUGGAAAGACGACUGUGUGUCAGAUGCUCGCGGAAGCGUUUGGAAAGCGGUUGAUUAUUGUCAAUGCGCACCAGAACACCGAGACCGGAGAUAUCAUUGGUGCUCAGCGACCCAUCCGGAACCGGUCGGCGUAUCAAUCGCAGCUUGCCGAGGACCUGCUGGCCGUGCUCCAACUGCACGUAGAGGAAGAGCACCUGCGGGAUAUCGAGCCGUCGGAUUACGCAACACUUUUGAAACUGUACUUGGCGCUUCCACCGGAUGUCAAAGUCACUAUUCCCACUGAGACCAAAGAUCGCAUUGAGCUCAACAGGACCCGCGUCAAGGCCUUGUUCGAGUGGGCAGAGGGUCCGCUCAUCCAGGGUAUGAAAGAGGGCCAGUUCUUCCUCCUCGACGAAAUCUCCCUCGCGGACGAUUCCGUCCUGGAGCGGCUGAACAGUGUUCUCGAGCCUGCGCGGGGAAUCCUCCUCGCGGAGAAGGGGCCGGAAGAGUCGCAGAUCGCUGCAUCCGACGGCUUCCAGUUCCUCGCGACGAUGAACCCAGGAGGCGACUACGGCAAGAAGGAGCUCUCGCCGGCGCUGCGCAAUCGUUUCACCGAGAUCUGGGUGCCGUCCAUGACCGACAGCGACGAUGUGCUGCAGAUUGUGCGCUCGAAGCUGGAGCCGGGAUUGCUCGAGUUCGCGGAGCCCAUUGUCAGCUACGCACAGUGGUUCUCGCAGACUUAUAACUUCUCCAGCAACGCGCCCAUCAGCAUCCGUGAUGUCCUCGCCUGGACCAGGUUUGUCAACUUGCAUGCGCAGCAGGGUUCCGCAUUUGCGCUCCUCCAUGGCGCCGCACUGGUCUUCUUCGAUGGCCUCGGCGCGAAUCCGUCCAGUCUGCUGGUGACGGAUGCGGGAAGUCUGGCCGCCGAGAAGCAGAGCUGCAUCAAGAAGCUAUCCGAGCUGCUGGGCCAGGAUUUGCUGCCGGUGUAUGCUGCGGCGGUCCUGGCGACGGUGGAUCACUUAUCCCUCCGGCUGGGCUCGUUCGGGCUUGAGAGGAAAGAGGGAGGUGCGGUGGAUAUCUCGUUCAGUCUGGAAGCGCCCACGACCGCCAUGAACGCCAUGCGAGUAGUUCGGGCCAUGCAGCUGCGCAAGCCAAUCCUGCUCGAGGGAAGUCCCGGAGUUGGCAAGACCAGUUUGAUCACCGCGCUGGCGGCAGCCUCGGGCAACCCGCUGACGCGAAUCAACCUUUCUGACCAGACCGACUUGAUGGAUCUGUUCGGCUCGGAUGUGCCGGUGGAGGGGGGGAAGAGCGGCGAGUUCGCGUGGCGAGACGCGCCCUUCUUGCGCGCAAUGCAGAACGGCAACUGGGUGCUCCUCGACGAGAUGAACCUUGCGUCGCAGUCCGUGCUGGAGGGGCUGAACGCCUGUCUCGACCACCGCGGCGAGGUGUACAUCUCCGAGCUGGACCGCACCUUCAGCUGUCAUCCGGACUUUGCCGUGUUCGCGGCACAGAACCCGCACCACCAGGGAGGCGGGAGAAAGGGCCUGCCCGCGUCGUUCGUCAAUCGCUUCACCGUCGUCUAUGUCGACCAGCUCACGUUCUACGAUCUGCAGUUGAUCGCACGGAAGCUGUUCCCGACUAUCCCGCUCGACGUCGUCGAUAAGCUGAUCGACUUCGUUGUCAGGCUCGAUAAGGCGCUGGAGGGUAAGCGGAGCUUUGGCGCCGUCGGUGGACCGUGGGAAUUCAACCUGCGAGAUACCCUGCGAUGGCUCGAGCUGCUGGCCUCGCCGAGUGGGUUGCUUGCAUCCAGGAACCCGCAGGACUUCAUCGACGUGGUGGUUAAGCAGCGCUUCAGGACGGCGGAGGAUAGGAAGCGCGUCGAUCAGAUCUUUGCGGAGGUCUUUGGACAUGCGCCCGCGAGGAGGCAUCUUUACCAUCAGCUUUCAGAAGGUACCUUCCAGGUCGGUAAUGCGCUGCUCCCGCGGAGGAAAGUUCUGCAACCUACGGCUGUGGAGGGCCUGGCGGUAUUGAAGACGCAGUUGCCGGUGCUGGAGACGGUCAUGACUUGUGUUCAGCAAAAUACUCCGGUUAUUCUCGUCGGCGCAUCCGGAACGGGGAAGAGCAGCAUGAUCAAACUGCUAGCGGCCAUUUCGGGUGCGGAGCUGGAUCAGCUGGCGCUCAAUGCCGACGUUGAUACUACUGACAUCGUUGGUGGGUUCGAGCAAGUUGACAUGUCUAGGAAGAUCUCGGCGUUGUUUGACGAGGUGCAGCGGUUCCUCCGGAUGGGGGUUGUGGAUGCUUUCAAGCGCGGCGAUGCGCUCGGUGCGUCCAUCCUGGAGCUUGUCGAGUUCCUGUGUACUACUCUGCCCGCGCCCAGUGUCGAGAACUUGCACCGAGUUCUCGCGAAGCUGCAGGAUUUCGCACAGGUCACCGCCGGUUUCACGGGCUUUGUUGCGAGCGCUCAGGCACUCGUCGUUGAUGCCCACAAGGAUACAAUUGCGCGCUUUGAAUGGGUCGACGGAAUGCUCGUCAAGGCGGUGGAGGAGGGUAGGUGGUUGAUCCUUGACAAUGCUAACCUGUGCAGCCCGUCCGUCCUGGAUCGUCUCAACUCGCUGCUGGAAACUAAUGGCUUCCUGAUGGUGAAUGAGCACAGCACUGCCAAUGGUGAUCCAAAGCUGGUCAAGCCCCAUCCGGAGUUUAGACUGUUCAUCACUAUGGACCCGAAGCAUGGCGAGCUCUCGAGGGCCAUGAGGAAUCGCUGUGUCGAGGUUUUUAUCGACCAGACGCCGGAAGUGAACGAAGUUGUGGCGCAGGAUGAUGCUCAGAGGAGCGCGCUGGCUAAAUUCCAAGGAUCAACAAGUGUCAAUGCUGAUGUGUCGAUUUUCCAGCUGAUGGAGCAGGUUGUCGGGACGUCGAUGGGAGCGGAGGUCGAUCCCAUACUGGUACAGACCGCACUGGAGCAUGUACCGCGGGGAAUGUCGCCACUUCUUACCAGGUGGAAGGGCAGGAUCGGCGAGUGGUCGGUGGAGGGGCAGGCUACACUUGAGUCUGUGGAAAACUUCAUGCAUUUCGCCGCUCAUCCGGCGGUGCAGACAGUUACCGCGGACCUGAUCUUGUCAGCGUCUGGGAAAUGGCAGCUUGGAGAUGAGUUUAUGGCCGCGCAGUCUCUCGUGCCCAUCCGCAACAGCAGUCUCUUCUCCUCGGAAGCAGAAGCCACCGUUUCAUCGCUCUUCUACGAAGUUGCACGUGAAAUCUUCGUCACGGAACGCACUGAGGAAGGGAUUCUUCAGAAAUCAACCACCAUCAAGCUGGCAGAGAUGAAUUUCUUGGAGCGGUCCGCCUCUCGCCGGGGUAAGAAAAUGCCCGCCUUCGGCGGCAGCAUGGGCAUCCAACUCUUCGAAUUCCUCACCAGCAUCCGCAAAGUCCUCGAGCAGUGGCUUGCGCACGAUGCGCGCGAGCUGGACCUCAAGAAGUUCCUGCGCAUCCGGGAAGUGCUGCAUCUGUGGUGCGACCUGGUGCAGCUGAGCAGCACGAGCAGUCUUAACGAGAGCGUGUUUCACGUCUACCUCGCACUGUUUGAGGAGUGGAUUAGGAACGCCGAGAAGGAUCUGCCCGCGCAGUAUGUCAAGUCCUCCGAGACGGCGCUAAACGCGUUUAGAGAGCCGCUGCAGCUGGUGACCGGUCAGUCUAUGGAGGUCAUGUGGCUCAAGGUCAGGCCGUCCGUGCCGAAGAGCUUGGUCGCUUGGGAACAGUAUCUGGCGCUGAAGGCGAUCAUGGCUAGGUUCGAUAGGGUUGGCGUGGAAGGAAAUUUGGAUACGGUGUUGAAGUUGAGAGAGUCACUUGUUGGUGCCGCAGCGGCAGUUCUCACCGAGGACAUGGAUGUCUCCGAGCUUGUCACAGAACUCGAUGCAUCCAUCUCGCAGCUGGAGUCCUCACGCACUGCAGACCAGGAGCAGAAGCCGGGAGUCUUUAACGCGCUUUUCGACCUCCUGCUGAAAUUCAAAAUGCUCCGGAAUCCUAUAGGCUGCGUUGAGCUCAACCAGGACAACUUCCGCAUGGCACACUUCGCGAAUAGGUCGACCGAGAGCUUGAUCGGCUACGGACUUCCGGGAAUGCCCGUUACGACGUCGUUUGAGCAGGUCGUUGGCGACCUGUGGAGUUAUCCUGCUACGGAAAUGGUCGCUAGAGGGCCCGCGGGACUGCUGACGGGGAAAAUCGCCGCUGGCAUGUUGAAGACCAGCCAUACGGUUAAGGAAUCGGAUAUUUUGAGACUGCAGGAUCUGGAGGUGGAGAUCAGAGAGCUGUCGAAGCAGUUUACGCUGCAUACGGAUGAGAUCACUGGCGAUCGCGUGCUGCAGUUGAAUACUCUCGUGUUAAAAAAGUUGAAGCAGUUGUUUGUGAUUCACAAGGCUUCGUAUGACGUGGCUACCUACACAGCGGCCAUCCGGUCGUUUGGAAAGGCCACUGCUGAUGGGCUUCGUGUCCUCAAGGAGGUUCUGCCCACUACAGAAGUUACAUACCUUCGUGAAGCCGUCAUUGAACAUCUCAUCCCGAUGAUCGAUGUUCUCCUCGAGAUGCCAUCGUCAUCGCACUCUGCUCGUAUCACAGCAUUGGGAACAGCAUGGGUCCACUACGCGCUCGCCUGCAUAAAGCUUUACGUCCCGAACGUCGCCUUCGACCCGGCAAUGAAGCCCAUGGUUGAGCGGCAACGCCAUUUCUCGCGGAAAUCCGAGGUCACUGCUAGGAUCACCGCCGAGAAACUGUUCGAACUGAAGUUCACCGGACAGGAGGACAGCCACAGCAUCCGCAUGCUGCAGCAGCGCUUCACCGAUCUCGGCGCGGAACCGCCAAACUCCUUGAUCGCUCGGCCCACCGAGUCAAAGAUGUCGAGCCUCCAGGGUGACUUCUCGAAUUUGCUGCGCGUCGUCGUCGAUGGCCAGCCGCACAGGAGACUCCUGGACUCGAUCCUGAAACGCGGAGAGAACUUCGAGGCUCAGGAGCAGACUUUCCAGACUAACCUGUCGCAGCUGGCGGAGAGGCUGGAGAUCGGGUAUCCGGUUUAUAAAGACAUGGUUGAUCCCGUGAUCGGAUUCAUCCACUAUCUCAAGCUUGGAUUGUCACUUGCCGCCAUGGUGCCUGAUGCCUCCGACGAAGCUGCAAACUCUGCUAGGGCUUUCUUGGCGCCAUAUGAGACCUCCUCCGAGAGGCCCAAGACAAAUGAACGGGAGGUGCAGAUGCUCUGGUUGCGACAGCAUGCGGCACGCAGUGCCACUGAGAAAUACGAUAGCCUGGACCAGACCGCGCGCGAGGACAUCCACGAUAUCUUCCAGAAGCUGUUCAAGUCGUGGAAGGAUGAGACGAUCGAGGAGAAGGAGAAGGCGAUCGCCAACAACAGUCUGUACACGUACCGUGGCGAGGCGGAGGACCACGAUGAGCAGGAGUUUAUGCAGAUGUUCCCUGUCUACGAAGAGGAUGACGAGGGGAAUGUGGUUGUUGCUGCUGCGCCGGUGGAAGAUGAGAAGGAUCUGAAGAUCAAGGACCAUAAGAAUGUGGCUAUUCGCAUUGCUCAGCUUCAUGCAUCGCUGUUCUCGGCGACUACCGAGAGCCUGUCGGAACUCGUUCGCGACGGUGCCGCGGUUUGGAUGAAGGCCCUGGGCGAUAAUAAGUCGGCUUUCCCUCCCUCAAAGAUCAAAGAGUUCCUUCCUGCUAUCUUCCUGUCGCUUAAAGACACGACCGAGUGGAUCUCCGGCAGUCGCAAAGACACCCGACGCUACGACUUCUACAACCACGAGAACCUCGAGGAGGCACACAAGCUCGUCGGCAUCGUCAAGAAAGUGCACAAGCGGAUGUCGUUCCUCCUCGACCUCUGGCCAGAAAACGUCACGCUGCAGGAUGCUGUAGAAACUUGCCAGCAGCUAUUUGCAUUCCCCGCUGCCACUCCAGUCGCGAAGUUCUUGACUAAAGUCGAAAAACUUCAUGGAAUCCUGAACGAGUGGCAGGGAGUUGCUAGUCGCGAGUUUACCGCACAGGAGCACUACGAUACGUUGACACAGCUGAUCAUCGCCUGGAGAAGACUCGAGCUCACUACCUGGCCGAGACUCUUCGAUCUCGAGGAUGACAAAGCGAAGCAGAACGCGUACUCGUGGUGGUUCUUCCUGUACGAGAGUGUUAUCGCAAACCCGCUGCAGCUGCUCGCUGCCGACCUCAAGAAUCACAUCCAUGACCUCGUAGCCAACCUUGUCAACUUCGCCGGCACGUCUUCGGUCGGACAGUUUUCGCACCGCUUGCAGCUUCUGAGGGUGUUUGAGGAGCAUGUUGGCCGCAUGAGUAGGGACUUUGAGGAGAUGAAGAUGGUCCAUCGUGCUCUGCAGAGUUUCCUGAUCUAUUACCAGCAGUAUGAAGCUUCGGUUGCAGAGACGCUGAAGAAGGAUCGCAAGAAGAUGGAGAAGGCUGUUGCCGAUGUCGUGUUGCUCGCCAGUUGGAAGGAUACCAAUAUCAUUGCCCUCCGGGACAGUGCGAAGCGAUCUCAUCACAAGCUCUACAAAGUCGUGAGGAAGUACCGACGGGCACUUGAUAAUCCCGUCUUCAAUAUACUCUCUAGCGGGAUGUCCUCCGAGGAUAAAGCAACCAGCUCGGAGCAGUUCAUGGACACCUCCAUUGUCAUCGACAAUACUCGCAUCAGGGAGCUUUACACAUCCUCCAUCAAGCUGUGGACCUCGCGUCCUCCGCGUCUCCGCGACCUCAACAGCGCGGUAGGAAUGAUGCAGCGAGUAUCCACGCUCCCGUCCACCAAGCUCGACGCAGCCGACUUCCUAGAACGCUUCGCGACGUCCACCAUCACGACGUCCAAAGAGCUACAGGAAGAGACUCCCGCCAUCAUGACCGAGGAGGUCAAGAAAGCCGUCGCACAUCUCAAGACGCGCAAGCGGAAGGCGUUUACCGAUGCCCUCAAGGAGCUACGGCAAAUGGGUCUCAAGUCGAACUUGUCUCGUGCGCACAUAUCCAAGCAGGCGAGUCUGGAGAAGAUACUUGCUGCCGCGGAGCCGCUGCAGGGCAGAGGUGAUGUCGAGGGUAUCCAGCAUUAUUUUGCCAGGAUUCUGGAGACCAUGAUGAAGGUCCGUGCCCGGAAGGAAACUUCGCCAGACUUGCAUGCCAACGAUGCCGCAAGGGUUACGGGAUUCAUGGAGCAUUUGCUUUCUAUCAAUCUGGAGCUGAGGGCAACACUUUCCUCCGCCCUGGGCGAUCUGGAGAAUACUCGUACUGCCAUGGGCAAGUUCUCGGUACUGGCAGACAUCGAUCCUGCUGACACCACGCUCUACGGAGCGGUAACAAUUACUCCCGGAAGGUUCGCCGAGGCGAAGAGGAAGCUCCAGUGGCUCCCCAAGAUCCUCGCAUUUACGGCCGAUUUGGUCCGUAUCCGAGCAGAGUUUGCGGGUACAGCUGUGAUCGAGGGCGGUAUUGUCACCUGGACGAUACGGGCGCAGGAGGUUGGUGCACAGUUGGAGAAGCAGAAGGUGGUGCACGACGGUAUCUGGACUGCCGCUGCGAAGGCCACCAUGGAUGAUUGCGACAAUUUCCUCUCGGAGAUCCGUACGGGAAUCCAAGAACUCGUCGAGCGCAAUCCGGAGGUGGAGUACGCAUUCAACCCACUGAUGCGCUGGGUCUCGCCGCUUUCUACCAUCAUGGAUGGAGAGACAUCCGUUGCCAGCUCCGUUCAGGACCUCGAUACAUCCCUCCAAACACUCUGCGACUCCAUCUUUGUCUCCCUUCAGAAACUCAACGAAGCGCAAGCCACAUACCCGGCUGAAGCUACCGAGGCUGGAUGGCUAUUAACCCACCAGACCGCGACGUCCGCGUGCCUCAAGGCGCUGUACAUGCGCACCAUCACGCACAAGGUCGAUGCUGUUAUAGAGCUGGCUUCGCGCUGUCUCAAGGACUCCCUGGCCGUACGCACCGUAUUUGCCGCCUACUGGCCCGUGAUUGCCGAGUACCAACGGACGUGCGAGCGUACGCUCCGCGAAGUUGCGCGGGGACAACGGGCGGUUGCGAAGACUACUUACAUCCUCGUUUCGACGGCGCUGACAAUUCUGAUUCGGGGCUUCUGCGAGCCCGCCGAGCAAGGCGACCAGGGCGGCGAGAGCAAGGGUGCGCUGGAGGCGGGCACGGGAUUGGGCGACGGCGAGGGUGCCGAGGAUAUCAGUAAGGAUAUUAAAGACGACGAGGACCUGUCCGAGCUCGCGCAGGAGAAGAAUAAGGAGGAGCGCGAGGAGGAGAUCGAGGAUGAGGAGGAUGCGGUCGAUAUGGGCGAGCAGGAUAUGGAGGGUGAGAUGGGCGAUAAGGAGCAGAAACCGGAGAAUGAUGAGGGCGAUGAGAAGGAGGAGGAUGGGGAUGAGGAGAUGGAGGAGGAGACUGGAGAUGUGGAUGAUCUGGAUCCGACCGCCGUUGAUGAGAAGAUGUGGGAUGAGAAGGCAGAUGAGGAUGAUAAGGAGAAGGAGGGCGAUACAAGUAAGGGGAAGCAGCAGAAGGGUGAUGAGUUGGAGGCGAAGAAGGAGGAUGGGAAGCAGCAGAAGGGAGAUGACACUGGGGAGCAAGGGGAUGAGAAUGACGAGGAAGAAGAAGAGGGUGGGGCGGAACAAGAGGAUGACGUGAAACAGCAGAAUAAGGAGGGUAUGGAUGAGCACGUUCCUGAAGUCGACACGCUUGACCUGCCGGAGGACAUGCAACUGGAUGGAGACGAGAGCGAGGAUGAGAAGGAGGACCAGCCCGGCGAUGAGGGCGACGACUUCAACAUGGACGAUCUCUCCGAUGCCAGCGACGACAAGCAGCCCGAAAAAGACGACGGAAAAGACGACGGAAAGGGCGAGGAUCAGGAGGAAAAGUUCCCAGAACUUGACGCCCCCGAAGAGGAGCCUAAAACCGGAGAAUUGGAGGAGAAAGAAGGGGAGGACGAAGGGAUGGGAGAGGAGCAAGGCGACGGUGUCGAAGAGGACCCCGAGAACCCGGAGGAACUACAGCCAGAGAACGAGGAAGAAAACCUUCUUACUGCACCACCGGAGGAGAAUUCCAAAGAAGCCGACGACACCGCGCCCAGCGAUCUCCAAGGCGUCCAGGGCGGCACCGACAAUGAAGACAAGGCCGAUCAAGCCUCUGCCCAACAGGAAAGCGGCGAAGAGACCAAGUCCGACGAACCUCAGCAGGGACAGGGCACUGAACAGAAUGAGUCUCAGCAACAGAACCAAGAGGUUGGUGCGGCAUCGGCCCAGGAUAAGGAUCCGAACCAGGAACCACAGGCGCCGCAGGAGAAACCGUCGGAGGAGGAGAAGACGUUCCGAAAGGUCGGAGAUAUUCUUGAGAAGUGGCAUAGGCAGAGGAAGCAGAUUCUGGAUGCUAGCGAUGAGGACAAGGAACGGCCACAGAUUGACAAUAUGGAACUCGAUGAUCCGGAGUUUGAACAUCUCCCUAACGAAGAGACCGAAGCGGACACUCAAGCCCUCGGCACUGCCACGGAGGAGCAAGCCCAUGGCCUCGAUGACUCGAUGGCUAUAGACUCCGGCGUCAAAGAGCCACAAGAGGCAUUCGAGGACGACGCUGACCCAGAGGAAGACCCGCAAGAGCCAGCCGAGCCUAUCGAACACGCCAGUAAAGAACAGGAUGCCCCUGAGGAGGAAGACGCCGGUCGCUUCGGAGCUAUGAUUGGAGACCGCAAAGACGGACCCACUCGCGAACGCCAGAUCGAAGGCGAAGACGAGAUGGACAUCGAUGAUACGCUCUCGGACAUUAUGUCAAACGACGACUUCACCGAUGACGCCACGGCUGUCACCGUUCCCAUCAAGAUGCGCUCACGUGAAGAAGCUCGGGAACUCUGGCAACGCCACGAGUCCGCGACCCGCACGCUCUCCGCCGGCCUCUGCGAGCAACUCCGCCUCAUCCUUGAGCCCACCCAGGCCACCAAGAUGCGCGGCGACUUCCGCACCGGCAAGCGCCUCAACAUGCGUCGUAUAAUCCCGUACAUCGCCAGCGCCUACAAGAAAGACAAGAUCUGGAUGCGCCGAGCAAAGCCCAGCAAGCGACAAUACCAGGUGAUUCUUGCCGUCGAUGACUCCCGCAGUAUGGCAGAAGGCGACGGCUCCACCGCCAACCUGGCACUGCAAACCGUCGCCCUCGUCGCUCGCGCCCUCAGCGCUCUCGAGGUCGGUCAGAUUGCAGUCAUGUCGUUCGGCGAGACCGCCUCCGUCGUCCACCCCUUCGACACGCCCUUCACCGCCGACUCGGGCGUCAAUGCCUUCGAGCGCUUCACCUUCUCACAGCAGAAAACAGAUGUCCGCCGACUCCUCGAAUCCUCGCUCUCGCUCUUCUCCUCCGCCCCCCCGAGCUCCAACGAGGAGCUUUGGCAGCUGCAAAUCGUCAUCUCUGACGGAGUGUGCGAAGAGCACGAGGCGCUGAGGAGGAUCGUUAGGAAGGCACACGAGAGACGGGUUAUGAUCGUGUUUGUGGUUGUGGACAGCCUCAGGGAUAACUCGAUUCUGGAGCUGAACCGCGUGACAUUCGUCGACGGUGAGGUUACCACCGAGAGGUAUCUGGACAAGUUUCCGUUUGGUUACUAUUUGGUCGUCAGGGAUGUCAGGGAGCUGCCGGGGGUGCUGGCGGGUGCACUGAGGCAGUGGUUCGCUGAGAGUGUCGAGUAG